AUGCUGCCGUACGUGUUCCCUGACCUCGCCGCCUUUCCCACAGUCGCUGACCUCAUUACGCACCUUCGUACUAGUGACACCCGCUACCGCGCUGCGCUUCCUGCUGAGUUCUGCGCCAAGAACCCCCCCCCCCCCCCCCCCCCCAUGUACAUCACCCUCUACUACAUAGUCACCCGGCUCCCUGACUCCCUUCGCUUAGUCAGGGACCACUUCCUCUCUGUUUUCCCCACCACACUCACCAAUGACCUCCUCGAGGAGCGCCUCCUGGCAGCUGAGAAGAGUAUAGUCGCUGUAGGAGCCUCUCCUGGUGACCCUCGUACCCCCUUCUUUGAGGGGUGCUCCCCCUCCCCGCUUUUGCCCUCUGUUGCCUCUGCUGCUGCCGUCGACUUCGUUGGCACCGAGUCGCGGGGUGGGGGUGCUGGUCCUUGUGCCUACGUCCUGCGUACCGGCGGCCGCACUGGUGAGCUGUGCGGUGGCCCGAACACCACCGAGCGCUGCUUCGGCCGCCUGACAGACGCUUGGCGUCUCCAGUUCCCUGACGCCACUGAGAUCCCCCACUGGGGUGAGCUGCUUAGGUCGGGGGUUGCUAUCUUUGAUCUGGAUUAUGAUGCUAUUCUUGCUGCCAUGUAUAUUGUGUCUACUAGUGAUGAGGGUGACUGUUACCUGUGUGUUCCGCCUGACCCGGGCAUUGAGGCUGCUCCUCUAGGUGCUGGUGAGGCUGCUACUCUAGGUGCUAGUGCGUCUGCUGCCCCAGGUGCUGGUGAGUCUGCUCUCUCAGGUACCACGUCGGCUCAGGCCUUACACACCUUCACCCUUGACUCGGGUGCUUCCCGCUCCUUCUUUCGAGACCGCACCACGCUUACGCCGCUUAGUCGGCCAAUUGCGGGCUCCCUGGCGGACCCCUCUGGGGGUCCUGUCCUUGCCCACUUCUCCACUGUCUUACCGUGUCCGGCGGCCCCCUCUGGCACCCUGUCCAGUCUCUACCUCCCCUUGUUCUCUACGAACUUGGUGAGUGGUGCUGAUCUAUAG